CUUGACAAUAGUGUUGCCCAUCGAUAGUCGACUAUCGAUAGUCAGUCAAUAGUCUCGCUCGCUAGUGUCGAUAGUAUUGCAGUAUAUACGUCGCCGCACGGCAAGCAGCGUGUUUUAUGCAUGAUAGCAAAUCAACUAUCGUCCCGUCAUCCAUGAAAUUAAAGUCACUAACGAAUAUUUUUGCAUACAGUAUCACAAUAUGUGUUCACAUUUCAACUGGAUGCUUAUUGUUCUCCUAUGGAUUCAAACCGUAAAAGCUAUGUCAUUAAUGACUCCUAUUCAACAUUCAUAUUUCUUGGAUAAUAGUGGUCCUGAUAAUGAUGUCGCAGAUUUUAUCGUAUCUAAAGGAUACUUACCAAGUGAAAAGGAUCUGCCUAAAACCUCAGUUGUAAAAAACGUUGAAAAUGAUGUAACAUAUUUGUUAUCUAAAUUAUCUGACGAGGAACUCAUCAAAUUAUUAAAUGAUCAACCUAAAAAAGCUGUGUACGAUAUUAACGAUAUAGUUAGAGCGGCUGUUGAUACAAAAACUCAACCAGACAAUGUGUUAACUUCACACAACACAGUUCCAAUGCUAGAGAGGGAACAAGAUAAUAGCAAGUUUAGUCUCAACCUCGAACAGAAUAAACCUCUAGCGUCUUAUAAAAAUAACAGAUUUCGAACUGUGGCCGACAGAAAUAACGGACAAGAGGCUUACUUUCGCCUUGACGACAAACGUGUAGAUGGCUUUUCCCUUAAAAGUGAUGCAGAUCCUAAUUAUGCAGCUCUUCAGAAGUUAAACAACAUGCUAUACAGUCGUCCCCAAGAGGAAUUAGAAAAGAGUGAAGAAGAUGACGAAAGAAGGGAACUGCUAUUUGAUGUUUUAGUAGCACAAUUAAAAACACUUUGCUGUAAGAAAAGUAAAUCUAGCAAAGUCCGUUCUGAUAGUAAAAAGAAUACUAUAAAAGCUGCACUUAGUGACCUACUUCCGCAAGAGUCAUUAUAUCCUAAAUCAUAUACAUCGGACUUAAAACCUCCACAGAGAGUGGAUAUCAACGGUAAUGAAUAUAUGUUCCUUAUAAUAAAUGACGAAAUAAAAGGUAAUGGCAGUGAAGAGCUAAUAUCAGUAGACCCUGAGAGCCUUGAAAAGAAUAGUAGCGUGUUAUUACUGGGGCCAAUAUCGACUCCUCUUACGAAUAGUCAGCUAAAAUCAGUUAUGACUCGCAUAUCCAAUGAAUUGUCAAAACCAGAUUAUUUACCACUGCUACAACAAAUUGCUGAUGGCACGUUGAGUGGAAGCAAUAUAAAAUUGAUGAAAAGUUUAAUCUCCGGGCCGGAGACAAGACGGUAUAUUAAACCUCACAGGUGUAAUCAUCAGUCUCGACUUGCCAAAAUAUAUGGCGGGCCCAAGUGGCUAAUUUGCACAGGAUACUUAAAUUUGAAUACACCGAGUUUGUACGACUAAAAAAACUAAGACUUUCUUUUAUAAAAUAAUAAUAUUAUGAAUCCGAAUUCCAAAGUAAAAUAGAUGAUUCAGCAAAGUUCAGUAAGUAUUCUUCUUUUUCGGCUGCAAAUCCAUUUUCGGUCGUACAGUAAUUGGCGAGUUGUAAUUUUUGCGUGGUGCGUUUAUAGUUGUAAGGCCGGUUUAAAGCCAUUUAAACCAAUCCGUUUAAGACGAGAAAUAAAACGUUUAAAACCGGAAUCAACCAUUUAUUUCGGUUUAAAACGGCUGCUGUUGAUGACUAUGUUUUUCUUAAUUAUAACUACAUUUUCUUGAUUUUACCGAGGUAGGGAUUGAACGGAGUACCUAUAAACUGUGUAAAG